CAGGGGCCUCCGCAACCUGGGCAGCCAUUUAAGUUUACGGUUGGUGAGUCAUGUGAUAGGAUAAAAGAAGAAUUUAGCUUUCUGCAAGCGCAGUACCAUAGUUUGAAAAUGGAGUGCGAGAAGCUUGCAAGCGAGAAAAUAGAAAUCCAGCGACACUACGUUAUGUAUUACGAAAUGUCGUAUGGUCUUAACGUGGAAAUGCAUAAGCAGACUGAAAUCGCCAAGAGACUUAAUGCUAUUAUAGCCCAAAUCCUACCUUUUCUAAAUUCUGAGCACCAGCAGCAAGUGGCAACGGCUGUUGACCGAGCGAAACAGGUCACAAUGACUGAGUUGAACGCCAUAAUUGGACAACAACGACCGGACCUCCCCAGAAUAUUGCAACAGAUGCACGCCGGACAGCUCCCCCACGCCGGGCACGCCCCGCCCCUGCCAAUGAUGCCCCACCCAGGCCUGCCGGGGCCCCCGGCCACUGCGGCCUCGCUGCUUGGACUCUCGGCCUCUUUGGCAGGGCCUGCGGCGCACCCCCUCAGCAUGUUGGCCGCCAAACCGGACCUUCACAGGGAGGAGACCAAGUCAGCCUCUGAGGCAAAGAGAGAGAGUGAGAGAGAGUUCUCGACCCCCGAACCAGCAAACAAAGAAGAGGGCGACUGUAGCGGACGGUUAUCCCAGAUGACUGCUGUUCGAGGGCCCUUGUCUAACUCCCUCUCCCUCCCCCUCUCCGCGAAGAGGCGAAAUCACACCCCAAUCCCUUCCUCUAAGGGCAAAAGCCCUCUUCCACCCUCUUGUUUAUACUUCCGCUCCCUCAAAGACUUCUUUCCACGGUUUCUUCUGUUCCUCUCCGAUAGCAGAUCUUUCAAUAAAUCUACACUAAACCUUUUCCAAAACGUUUGA